CAUGUUUCAGGUUGCGAUAAAUUAGGUGUGAAUUGUGGGAUGCGUAUUUUAGGGAAUUAGGCUAAAAUUGUUUGAAAUUCGCCCCGAAAGCUUUAGGCUGCGCCUUGAGAUGCGCAGUGGCUCAUCUGUGUUUCUAGCCGUCAUCUGUGUUGUAUUGAUUUUUAUUAGUCUAGGCGCUACACCCCCUGCCCCAUCAUGUUUUCCUUCCAUAGACCUAAGGUGUAUAGAUCGUCAACAGGAUGCUGUAUUUGUAAGGCAAAAUCAAGCAGUUCCAGAUUUACGGACAGUAAAAAAUACGAAGAAGACUUUAUGAAAUGCUUCAAAUUGGCUGAACCCCGUCAAGGUGAAAUUUGCAAUGCUUGUGUCCUUUUGGUAAAACGAUGGAAAAAACUCCCAGCCGGCUCUGAUCGCAAUUGGAAACAUGUGGUGGAUGCGCGUGCCGGUCCCGGAAUGAAGUCCAUGUCGAAAUUCAAAAGUAAGAAUAAGAAAAUCGAUGAGAAUUGCGAUAAAAUCAAGAAGAAGAAGCAUUUCGAACGCGAGUACAGUCCGUUGUCGGAUAACGAAGAUGUGGAUAUGACUGAAGUUGAUUUUUUGUGCGAGGAUGGCCCCAGUGGGGGCUCCAGUCGUACGGCGAGUCCUAGAGAUAGUGACAGUGAGGAAAAUGUGGUGAAAAAUAGGAGGCAUAAAGGACAAGCGAAGAGAAGGGAUGGAAGUAGUCUUCCGGAUCUGAGCGAUUUUAUCUGUCCGGAGUAUUGGAAAAGAGAGGCGAUUUGUUGCGGGACAAUCUUUAGAGGAAUGUGUGGAGAAAUAAUCGUUGAUAAUCGAUUUUUGAAAGCUUGUUCGGCACGUUUAAGGUGUAAGUUGGCAAGUCAACAUGAAGAAGUUAAAACCGAACCGGAGGUUGGAGUCACUACGAAAAUGUUUAGUGAUAGUAGUUCGGAUUCAGGUUAUGAUGAGUCGUCAAAUCAAGGCACAAUAAGUGGAGAUAGUGCCUUUAAAAAAGAACAAGUUAGUAUAGAGGAGUUAAACAGUCAGAUCAAAAACAAUUAAUGUAUGCUCUCUUUAGAUUGUUUUAAUUUAUUGAUACAUAAUGAUCGUUGUGUUUGUAAAGAUUUAUGCCUUUCUUGCAGAUUCGUUCUCGUUUUUUUUACCAGUUGAUAUUUUUUUCUUUAUAGUAGUUGUACUUAAUUUGCACAAAUUAACAACACUGUACAAAUGAUAUAAUUCUGGAGAAAAGCAUAAAUCCGGUUUUCUUUUCUCAUGGUGACAGUACAAAUGAUGAAAAAAAUUGGUAAUUUCCAAUAUUUUUCUCCUGCUCAACCAACCAAGUCACAGGGUGAAAUAUUUGAAGUUGUAAUUUAUAAAAUAAAAAAUGUAGAUUUGUCUGUGACGGGGAAUUUUUGACGUUGGAUGUUCCAAAUCAAUCUGUUGAUUGGGUCCAAAAGUUUAUUAUUAUAUUACGAACGACACCAUUUUUAUUAUCAACAAAUUUCAAUCAAAAAGUCAAUUGUUUAAGACACAAAGAUAAAAUUUACUUAUUUAUUGUUUGGCAGUGUAAAAGAUUUUAUUUUCUCAUUCCGUUAAUGUGUGAUGUGUUAAAUUAUUAUUUUAAAUUAUGUAAUUUCGUUACUCUGCCUUGAAUAAAUACGACCGACUGACUAGAAGUAACGCGUAAUUUUAUCUGUGUGUUUGUGCAAUUCUUAUAAAAUCUGUUUGAAGCAAUAUAUUGUUUAAAAAUCAGAUCAUAUCGUAAUUGUGGUGUCUUGAACUUACUGCCAAAUACUAAAGUUAUGACACACAAGUGUUCCUCUUCUAGAAAAACACAAACUAUAUGCUAAGUAUUUUAGAAUAAAUAUAAUAAUAAUAAUAUAAAAAGAGCGUUCGUUUAUUCGUAUUAUUAUUUUUUGAAGGCAGCGAUAUCAUCCACAAUUUAAAUUUCGAUCGAGACUCGUUUCAUCAUACAUUAAUUUUGUGCAUUAUUGAAAGAGUUUAUGCAACAUUAUUUAUUAUUUUUAUUAGAUUAUAUUUUGUAAAUUAGAGGGUAUAUUAUACUUUUAAGAAAUGCCUAUAGACUGCAAGCCUAGUCGUUUUGUAUGGUGUAAUUGCAAUUAUUACAUGAAUCUCCUAAUGAACUUAUCGAUUCCAUGAUUGGCAUUAAUUUUUUCGUUUGCAACAUUUAACUUAUUAUUUAUAACUGCCAUGAAUAAUAAAAUAUUCUAUAUUUUUUUACAUCACUGGAAUGAUUAUGCAAAUGUGUACUUGCUGUAAAAAAGUGUAGAUUUUUAACGUGGAUCUCAGUUAUUUGUGAAGUGCAUACAUUCUUUUUGAUUCACAAAUUUUAUUCAUUGAAAAAGUAUUAUGAUAUAUGUAUAUUCGUAACUAUUAAGAUUAUGUACGAUAAAAUAGAGAUACUAUUUAUUUUAAAUUUGUAUAAUGUGUACAUUUGGCUAGCUUAUUGUUUUGUGUUUGUUAAGUUUUUGCCGCUUGAAAUACUCUUCCAAAUAAAUGUAUAAUAACGUAUGAAAAUCAUGGAUGAGGGUAAAAGUAGACUAUUUUUGAUAAACAUCAAACGUUUAGGAAAAUUUUGGAAUAAAAAUUUAACAGCUAGCCAAUUGAUAUGAGUUUCCCCAUGAAUAUUCUAAAUUUUAUCAUUUUCUAAAAAAAUAUAAAAUCCAAUAAAUUGUUGUUAGUAAAGCCAAAUUGUUACUAAUGCAAUAAUAUUAACAGCAAUUGUUAUAGAUAUCACGGAUGUUAAGGUUGAAGCUAUAAUUAAAUAUUUUAUAAAUGAGUGUAAGAAACUAAGUUUCGAGGCUUUUAAAGUCGAGUUUUAGCUAAGGACCUAAAUGGUAUUACUAUUACUAGAUUUGUAGAACAUUUGUUUUGUCCGUGGUUAUUUGUGAAUUUUAUUGUAAUUGAGUGUUUCCGAUUCCAUGCAAUAUGUGAGAAAUUCAUUCUGUAUUGUGUAUUUAUCAAUAAACUUUAAAUAUAUUUCUAAUA